AGGAGAGCCCUUGUAGAGAGAGGUAGAGGGUGAGAGAGAGAGCGAGGAGUGUAGUGGUGAGGAGGAAAAGGGGAGUGUCCUGAAUUGUCUCCCUUCCGCGAUGUACGAGUGUGUUUCUCUCUCCACUAAUUAUCUGUUUCUCCGGCGCUGCUGAGAGGAAGGGCACCUGCUGCUCCCUGAUGAUUCAGCCCCACUAGGCUGCUGCUUGAGCAGACAAACAGACCGACAGACAGACAGACGGCAUGUUGCUCCUGCCACUGCAGUGCCGGUCUGCUCUGUCCCAUCUGUAGCCGCAUCCUGCCAAUAGCGUUCACGCAGCAGCCGGCUCCACUCUUCAAGUCCUCAGGUGAGUGAGCGCACUACUCGUCCUGCCCAGGGAACUGAACCACGCAAGAGAUCUAAGGGAAGAAACCACUUUUGUUGUAGCUCAGAAUUUGAUGUUUCUAUUUCUGGACUUGUUUUCGUGUGUACACGUUUCCCGUGAGAAUGCUGUGAUAGCAAACCUGCAAAGACCAUCUCUUUCCCCCCGGUACGGAAGUCUUGUCGGCUUACUUCCCAGACGUUAACAAGGUUACCCCACACUGCUGUGAAAAGCAUCCUCCAUCUCCCACCAACCCCCACCACUGUGAUCUGAUAAUGGACAACACACUUUACGAUACCAGCCAGCUGCCGUGCUCUUUGAGUUGAGUACAGGCGUCCAGAGAUCCUUCAGCGUGAGAGGGGGAGAGAGAGAGAGAGCGAGAGAGAGAGCACGAGGGAGGAUGACUGAAGGAGUGGAGGCGGUGGACUCCUCCGCCGGGCUGGUCGUCCUUCCCAAAUCAUCAUCAUCAUCAUCCCCCACCCUCUCCUGCGCCGAUCCAGGACAAGCCCCAGAGGAGGCGGAGUCUGCAGCAGGUGGUGAGGGUGGGGAGGAGGGUGUCGAUGGAGAACCAGCAAGGCUCCUGGGAUUCUUGGGCUUGGCAGGGACCUGCUGUGUGUGCUUAGAGAUGGAACAGGUGCGUGGUUGCCUGCGCUCAGAGAAAAUCUGCAUCCUCCCUAUCCUGGCCUGCCUGCUCAGUCUGGCUCUCUGCACCGCCGGCCUCAAGUGGGUCUUUGUGGACAAAAUCUUUGAGUACGAGCCGCCCACCCACUUGGGCCCAGAUCGCAGAGGACAAGACCCCAUCUAUGCUGACCCCACAAGGGAUCUGCCAUUGUCAUUUCCCCACCCCUCCCCCGUCCCCACGCCGACAACCACCACCACAGGACAGCCUGAGGUCAUAGUAGAGGGAAAACCCACCGGAGUGACUCAGUACACCCCUACCUCUGCAUUGAGGUACCGCACGGGCCCGCCCACGCAGCCUGGGCCCUCUACCACCCUAAAACCAAUGAGCAAGGGAAAACCAACCUACUCCCAAACUACUGUGGAAUCUAAUGACAUUAUUGUCCCGAAGUUCUCUGUCACCAGCACCACCCCUGCGGUGAAGACCUCCAGUCAUGUGACGGCCUGCAGCGACAGCGAGAAGAACUACUGCGUGAACGGAGGGGAGUGCUUCACCCUGGAGGUCACCCCCGGCAGCACCAAGUUCCUCUGCAGGUGUCCAAAUGAAUUUACUGGUGAUCGCUGCCAAAACUACGUAAUGGCCAGUUUCUACAAACAUCUUGGGAUUGAAUUUAUGGAAGCAGAGGAGCUGUAUCAGAAACGUGUAUUAACAAUAACAGGAAUCUGCAUUGCACUCCUAGUGGUUGGAAUCAUGUGUGUGGUUGCCUACUGCAAAACAAAAAAGCAGAGGAAAAAGCUUCAUGAUCGUCUGAGGCAGAGCCUACGAAAUGAGAGAAACACCAUUAUGGCUAAUGGCCCUCAGAUUUCUAACCCUCCCCUUGAAAACGUCCAGCUUGUCAAUCAAUUUGUGUCUAAAAAUGCAUUGCCUGCGCAGCAUGUAAUCGAGAAGGAAAUGGAAACAUCCUUCUCGACGAGCCUGUACACAUCAUCAGCACAUCAGUCCACAACGGUCACCCACACCUCCAGUCAAAGCUGGAGUAACGGCCACAGCGAGAGUGCCCUCUCCGACAGCCGCUCUGUCUUGGUGAAGUCAUCGGGAGAGAACAGCCGGCACGCCACACCCAGCCACCGGGGUCGUCUGAACGCCACAGGUGGCGCCAGAGACCUGAGUGCCUACCUAAAGAACUCUGGAGACACGCCAGACUCCUACAGGGACUCUCCGUACAGUGAGAGGUAUGUGUCAGCGAUGACCACCCCAACCCGCCUGUCUCCUGUGGAGCUGCUCUCUCCCGUGACCCCGGGUUCCCCCCCCUCUGAGAUGUCGGCCCCCUUGUCCAGCCUGGCCACCUCGGUCCCCUCUGUGGCCGUCAGCCCCUCUGGCGAGGAGAAGCGCCCCCUGCUGUUCACCACCCAGCCGCAACCCGACCACCACAUCAGUCAGUCUAAGAGGAAGUCUGCCCACUACAACCACGGCCAAGAGGCCCACAGCCCCCCGCCCAGCCCGCUGAGGAUCGUUGAGGACGACGACUAUGAGACCACGCAGGAGUAUGAGGUGGUCGGCUCCGCCACAAUGGUAACGGCCAUUCCCCCGCAGAGCCUUCCUAAGAAACUUGCCAAGAACAGCAACGGCCGUCGGGCCAAUAGAACAAAGCCCAAUGGCCAUGCAGCAGGCCACAACAAGGAGUCCAUCGACCUAGGUAGCAGUACGGAGAGCGAGAUGGAGGAGGAGCGUGUGGGAGAGGACACACCCUUCCUGAGCUUCCAGAACCCCAUGGCUAUAAGUGUGGAACCUCUCGCAGAUGGCAGCAGGACUAACCUAGCACUCCGACUCUCCCCACAGGACAACCUGCAAGCCAGGAUAUCCAGCGUCAUCUCCAACCAAGAUCCAAUUGCUGUAUAAAAUGAAAAAGAUAGCUUAGAAAAAUACUUCUGUCGGAUUCAAAGAAAUGUCACUAUUAAACCUUUAUUUUCUAUAACUUAAAGUAUUUGCGGGGAAAAUAAUAAAAAAAGAUAUAUAUAAAUAAAUAAAAAACGUAUUUUAGCGAAGUAGUGAAUAAAGUCUUUUAUAAAUAAAAAAAUGUGUACGUGUUCAUGUCAUGGAAGAAAGUGGAAUAAAUUAGUAUGUAGCAAUGGUUCGCAGUAUUUCAAUGGAGAAAAAUAUCAAUGGUGCCUUUCAUUUCCGUUUGGUGUGCUUAUGGGAACUGCAUGCCUCUGGCCCAUAUAUUCACGACUUUCAUCUCCCUGUUGACAUUUCUACUCCACUCUGAGAACAAAAAUAUCCACCAGCACUAUAGUAUGCAUUUACUAUAAUGACCUGUAUGAACUGGCUCCUAACCCUAAGCUCCAUACAGUGGCGUUGCUUAUGUGUUCAUGGGCAUGUCGUUUUCACCUCAUUUACAGUAAUGCAGUCCUAACCUACUAACAGAGGUGCAUACAACAAAGUAUUUAGUGUUUAUCUAGCUAAUACAACACCCAAAUAUUAUUAUACAGGUUUUCAAGAUUUUCC